CCAUGAUUACAAACUAUUCAAUUAUAUUCUUGUUAAUGUUUCAAAUAAUUAUAUGUAAGAACUAUCAAGGUGAAAGUUUUCCAAAGAAAUAUUUGGAGCCGGAAGAUGUGGUGCCGGCGAGUGCGGACGCGACGAAUUAUUUGCAGAAUUUAGGGAAAAUUCUUGAUUAUUUCGUGCUGUAUGCGAACAAAACAUGUAUUAACAGGGCUUUGGGAAUGUUUUAUAUGAAAGCUAUUCUCAAGAGAACUGUACUAGAAAACAAGAACAAAAUAGAAGAGCACCAACAUAAAUUGAUUAAGAAGGUCAUAUUACAAGCGGAUAAUAUUUUAUCACACUUUUUUGCCAGUAUCGUUAACCCUUUGGACUGGGGGCAUAUUCUGAAAAGGGCUAGUCAUCUACUUAAAGAAGAUGAUCUCCAAGUAGAAGCGAUCGGUGAAUUUAAAGGCAACCUGUUCAAAAAAUGGAUUUUAAGUGAUGUGUCCCUCAAUGAGUAUGAACAGGAUAUGGACGAACUAAAAUUUCCGAAAGAGAUUUAUUUAAAACACACUGAAGAAGUUGUAGAGUCUACGGUAUUCACUAUUAAUAUUGAUGAUUCAGAUUACUGCUUGGGUGAAAUAAUCUACAACCCUUUGCCGCUGGAAGACACUAAAACCUUAAAACCGUGCGUGUACGACCAGUUUUGCCCCAAGAUCCUGUAUUAUCGUGCUCCAUCGUUCUCCUACAGUCUUAGUCACAGAAUGCUAAACAUAAUGAUGGCUCGCCACGUCCGCCGCUGCUACCUCAGCAGCCCAGAGGAUGAUGAACAGCUGAUGGAAGCCCUAUGUGCUGGGAUGUACCGAGAGGCGGUGUACCUCGCGCGCCGCGGGUACUUCAAUAGAGAUAUCUGGAUGGAACACAUCUCUCUAUGUGGCAUGCUGGGUUACCAAGAGUUCUUCCGACGCCAUUGGUUCCGGAAAGUCGUCUCGUGGAUCGACGAGCGAGGCUGUAUCGCUGAGAACUUCAACUACGAAGCUAAUCGUACUAGGUAUCUCCUAGAAAAGGAGCCAGAUAAAGCGGAAAGCACCCUGAAACUAUCUCGGAAGGUUCUGUCAGAUCCGUGCAGCUGGCAUCCAAUGGCUUUAAGUAUAGUUGUGUUAGCUCAUGGAGUCAGACAUGCUGUGCAUUUUAGUGAGGUGGAUAAGGUGAAGGAUGAGCUGUAGGAAUAUAUACUUUUUUAUUUGA